AUGGCAAGCUCGGAUCUUCAAAACAGCUAUGGGCCCGAGAUGGCCCCUAACGGCCACGACCUCCCCCAGACCGUGGCAGUCGAUGGUCUCGAAGCGUUACCACCGAGCCAACAGUACGCGUUAGCACCGCCGUACAACGUUCAGUCCUCAAAGAACAACGGGUAUAACUCGCCACAUGCUGAACAGCCUGACGAAACAGGGAGGAGGAAGAAGCGAGUCGCCGGCCUACCCAUCGUCGCAUUCUGGGGUAUCAUCAUAGGGUUGGUGCUCAUCUUGGCGAUAGGACUAGGAGUUGGACUCGCGAGACAGCAGUGGAGGGAGUCCUGCAACGGCAGAGGCGACUACCAGCGCGGGCGCAGAUUCCGCCACAACGUCUGCCGCAUCAUUAACGCCGUCGGGUACAACCGCGAGUACCAGUAG